CCUUGCGGAGGCAGCCGGAGGCCUCACGCCUGUCAAGGCGCGCCAAGCCUUUCGGCGUGCCUGCCGCUGCCGCUGCCUCCGCUCGGCGGCUCCGGGGCAGGAGCACAGCCAACGCUGCACAAUCGUCCGAUGGUGACGCUCUCCGCAAAGAGAGGAGGUGCGGCGACACUGCCGGAAGGGGCGCAGGGCGCCGGCAGAGGAGCAUGGCCGAGCUCACGUGGGGCGGCCGGAUCGGCUGAGGACCGCACCGGCCCCCUCACCUCUCCACCGGGUCUGCCUCUCUCACCCCUCUCGCACUCCCCGCAACCACCUCCUGAGCGUCCGGCAUGCCGCCAUCACGCUCCCGGCUGCUGCUCGCGUUCGCGCUGCUCGCCUCUCCGGCGCUCGCACACCAGACGCGCGCCUCCGCCCAUGCCGAGACGCAGCAGCUGCUCCGCCGGCUCGUCGCCGCCAACGCCGAGCUCUGUGCGGCGCAGCUCGAGGCGCGCACCGAGCCGGCCGCACUUGGCCUGACCGUCGGCGGCCUGUUCAUCAUCCUCGCCACGUCGCUCGUGGGCACGGCCGUGCCGCUGCUCAGCCGCGCGAUCCAGCUGCGCAACGCAAAGGGCAAGCGGGACACACCGGCGCAGCAUGAGACGGACGCCGACGGCUGGCUGGCGCGCAUCUUCUUUGCGCUGCGGCACUUUGGCACGGGCAUCAUCCUGGCCACGGCCUUCAUCCACCUGCUCUGGGAGGCCUUCUCCACGUUCCAGAACCCCUGCCUGCCCGAGCUCGCCUUCGAGCCCACAAGUCCCGCCAUCGCAAUGGGCGCGCUCUGGCUCAUGUUCCUGCUCGACUUCUUCAUGCUGCGCAGCCUGCGGCGCAAGGCGGCCGGCGGGCACUGUGACGCGCCUGCCCGCACUGGGUGCUGUGCGCCGCCAGAGCUCAGCGCGCUCGGCGGCGCACGCCUCGAGGAGAGCGAGACGCCGACGCAGGCGGCGGACGCGGCUGUGGCUGCGAGACGGAGAACGCAGACGGAGGCGGAGGAGGCAGAGGAACGACCUUCCCCGCCGCCGAGUCGCGCAAGCAGCGUGCAGGAGAACAAGCAGCUGCUCAUGGCGCAGGCAGUGGUGCAGAAGAUGGAGGUCGUCGCACUCGAGAGCGGCAUCAUCUUCCACUCCGUCAUCAUCGGCGUCACGCUCGGCGCCACGUCCAGCGAGAGCUUCGUGACGCUGCUCAUCGCCAUGGCGUUCCACCAGCUCUUCGAGGGCCUGGCGCUCGGCGGCCGCAUUGCGCUACUGCCGUCACUGAGCACUUCGGCGCUCGCCAAGACGUGCAUGGCGCUCAGCUAUGCCCUCACCACGCCGAUUGGCAUCGCUAUCGGCAUCGGCGCGCGCGCUUCGUUCGAUGAGAACGACGGACGUACUGCAUUGGCCAUCGGCGUGCUGAACAGCAUGAGUGCUGGCAUCUUGCUCUACACGUCCCUCGUCGAGCUGCUCGCCGGCGACUUCAUCUUCGGCCCGCUGCGCGACGCCAGCACAAAGCAGUGCGUGCUUGCCGUCUUCUGGCUCAGCGCCGGCGCGGCGGCCAUGAGCCUCAUCGGCAAGUGGGCGUGAGGCCGCACCGCCGCUGCUCUGGGGUCGCCUCGCUUUGCUGCUUGCUUUGCUUCCGCUCCCGUGUCACGCUACUUGUGUAUACAAUUGUACAAUAGACAAUGCAUCGGUGUA